AACUGGAGCGGUUUGGCAGGUUUAAACACAUCAAAACAGAACAAAGAGACAGACUUUACAGCACCAUAAAAGAAUCUGCAAAAGAAAAGAAAUAAAGGGACGGCGCAAGUGAAAUCGCUGCGGCUAAAAAACAAAAGAACUGAGGAAGAACCACGUUUAAUAUUUUUCCACUCGGUAACGGAACAUACGUUUGGACUUAUUAUUUUAAGGGCAUAUUACAACUUCUUCAAGCGCCAGAAGUUUCUUGCGGGACAAAGUUUUGAAACUAUUUUUAAUCUCUCAUUUUUUAUUUGUUUUCAGACUAUUUAAAAAGAAAAUAUAGAUCGAAGGACUGUUUGACUUCCGAGGGGUUUUCAACGCUGACAUAAAAGUGGAAUUUAUCGUUUCAAUCAUUCAUGUUCGAAAUAUAUGAAUGCACAAAUUAUUCAAGAAACGGAUUUCGUCCUCUCGCCUACAAUAUCUUUCUCUUUGCUUUUUUGUUGAUGGUGUUUGCCAAAACACAAGUCAGACUUUUAACAUUUGAAUAAUUCAUGAGAAAUAAUUUGCCUGCAUUCAAAAAGUUUCUGCAAAAGGGAGGGGGUGAUCUGCAAACAUAUUCAUAAGGUUAGCGGAAUGGCCACAGCGGCUUCCAACCCUUAUCUACCCAGCAGUAGUAUAUUAUCGUCCGGCUCGAUCGUGCACUCGGACUCCGGAGGUGGGAUGCAGCAGGUCAGUGCUGCGGUAACCUCAGUGUCCGGUGGGUACAGAGGAGACCCAGCGGUUAAAAUGGUACAAAGCGAUUUCAUGCAGAGCGCAAUGGCAGCGAGCAACGGGGGACAUAUGCUGAGCCACGCUCACCAGUGGGUGACGUCCUUGCCUCACGCUGCAGCGGCGGCUGCAGCUGCCGCAGUGGCCGCUGCUGAAGUAGGAUCGCAUUGGUCGUCUAGUCCCGUUGGAAUGACAGGCAGUCCGCAACAGCAGCAGGACGUGAAAAAUAACUCGGGGAGAGACGAUUUGCACUCUGGGACUGCGCUGCAUCACAGACCCCCACACUUAGGUCCCCACCAGACUCACGCGGGUGCCUGGUGUAGCACAACCGCUGCCCACAUCCCUUCUCUAACUGGGAGCCAACAGCAGCAGCAGUCCCUCAUAUACUCGCAGCCUGGAGGCUUCACGGUGAACGGCAUGCUCAGUCCGCCGGGCAGCCAAAGCCUAGUACACCCGGGUCUGGUGCGUGGCGACACCCCAGAGCUCGAUCACAGCAGCCACCACCACCACCAUCACCACCAGCAUCAACAUCACCAGCAAACACACCACGGAGUGAACAGCCACGACCCGCACUCCGACGAGGACGCGCCGACGUCGGACGAUUUAGAGCACUUUGCCAAGCAGUUCAAACAACGCCGGAUCAAACUGGGCUUCACACAAGCGGACGUGGGCUUGGCGUUGGGCACUCUGUACGGGAACGUCUUCUCGCAGACCACAAUCUGUCGCUUCGAAGCUCUCCAGCUCAGCUUUAAGAACAUGUGCAAGCUGAAGCCGUUGCUCAAUAAAUGGCUGGAGGAAGCAGACUCUUCCACAGGCAGCCCCACCAGCAUCGACAAGAUAGCGGCUCAGGGCAGGAAGCGCAAGAAGCGCACCUCCAUCGAAGUGAGCGUCAAAGGUGCGUUGGAGAGUCACUUCUUGAAAUGUCCCAAGCCUUCGGCCCAAGAGAUAACCUCUCUAGCGGAAAACUUGCAGCUGGAGAAGGAGGUGGUGAGAGUUUGGUUUUGCAAUCGGAGACAGAAAGAGAAAAGGAUGACGCCCCCAGGAGUGCCGCAGACGCCGGAGGAUGUAUAUUCUCAGGUCGGCAAUGGACAUUUUUUAGUAGAUUACUUAAAAGAUGCAAGUUUAACUGGGCCGAGCGAACCGGGCGACCAGAGGGUGACAACUACAAGUUCGUUCCACCAGGUAAUAUUGGCGCAUUAACUUCAACUGAAAAAAUAACAGAAAUUAGCAAUGAGCAACAAAAUCUUUUACCCCCAUACCCUGUUACACCAAUGUCUUGUUUGAGAGGCAAAAGACGCAGGCAAUUGUGUAUGUUGUUAUGGGACAUUAAACCUCAAACAAAGGGAUGAAAUUCAGCUGAAACAAUGCGAAGAACAGUGGCAUCCACGAAGCUUCCAUCCAACUUGGCAGAGAAGACUGCAUGGUUUGAUAUUAUCCAAAAAAUAUGGAAUGGAUUUUUUCCCCUGGCCUUCCAAUCCUCACAAAAACAACAAAAGACUGCUCUCAGUUUCUGAUCUCCAAGAUCACAUCUUUUGAAAUUGUUUUUUUUUUUUUUAUGUAAAGAACUGAAUCUUACGUGGAUUUUUGAGGACAACUUUAAAUCAAAGAUGACUUUUGAAAAGACUGAAUAUUCCGCAGCUGCACCUCAUUGAAAAUCUUCAGUGCGAACAUCCGUUGCCAAGUGGGCCAGAGCUGGUGCUGUGGAUGUUUUCAUGUGCUGCCAUUUCCAAGCAGUAUUCUUUGGUAGGUUUUAAUAAACAAGACUAUGUAAAGCCGGCAAUAUAGAUUCAUUAGAUCAGAUGCUGAUCGGAAUUAUUUACUUAAUAUUUUUCAUUAAAAUGCUUUGUUUUAAUAUUUUAUUCGGGAUACAUACGAACUAUUCCAAACAGUUAUUAUUUAUUUCCCCCAGGCUUGUGUAAAAUGUUUUCCCCUGUUUUCGUUGUUGACCUUAUUUGUUUUGUUUAAUUUUGUAUUCUCAUUUUUAAAAGAGCACAAAUCUACACGAGCUGACUUUGACAGUAGGUAAUAAGGGUAUAUUUUGAUGUGAUGAUUUGACUGUAAUUUAAUUU